AAGCCACUCAGGUUGAAGUUAGCAGCAGCAGAGACACGUUGCUUCAUCACGACAUCGAACUGCUCAUCACACGGGACGACAUAUUAAUGCACCCUGCUCCUCAGCACUCCUCACACACCGUGUCACAGUCUGGUGUGUGUGUCCGCUUGCGCAUUUUGGAGGAUUUUCCCGUUUUUUCCUGCUGGAUGUUGGAGCAGCGCAACAUGGGAAGUGACUGGUCGUGGCCGUGCGGUCUGAGGACGCUCAGAGCCGCAGACGAGUGAGAGGAGGUCAAACGCAGAGACGGCGGAAGAGCUGCUGACAGGACGUCAGUUCUGUGGAAUAACGGAAGAUGGCUGCCUCAGGGAGGACGCUCCUUGCUCUAGCUGCAGUCCUCUUGCAAGUGCGAAGGUGUGAUGGCAUCAUAGGAAAACCAAAGGGCAGCUCUCCACUGCGGUUCACACACCACCUGUACAAUGCCACCAUCAACGAGAACUCGGCCCCACGAGUGUACGUGGAGACACCAGUGAAGAUGGGCAUCCAGAUGAUCGACCCGUUCUGGAACAUCAAGUAUGAAGUAGUGUCUGGUGAUGCUGACGGCCUCUUCCAGGCAGAGGCACUCAGUGUCGGAGACUUUUGCUUCCUGAGGAUCAAAACUCGUAGCAGCAACUCUGCACACCUCAACAGGGAGGUGACAGACUCAUACACUCUGACGGUGGAGGCCAUCGAGAGCACCUUCAACUUCCAGGCAAAGGCCAAAGUCAUCAUCCAGGUGCUUGACACCAAUGACCUGAAGCCCCUCUUCUACCCCGCCUCCUACAACGUGGCCAUCAGGGAGGAUACUCCACUCAAGUCCAGUGUGACUCGAGUCAGCGCCACAGACGCAGACGUCGGCAGCAAUGCCGAGUUUUACUACUCCUUUACCAGCAGAGCUCAUCCAUUCAUCGUGGAUCCAUUCACAGGCACAGUCAACCUCGCUAAGAAGCUCAAUCACAGCCGCACGAACAGAUACGACCUCACUGUGUUAGCAGAAGACCGCACCAAGAAGAUCUCAGGAGUCCAGAAGUUUGGAAACGUAGCCAAAGUCACAGUUAAUGUCCAGAAGAUGCACAUGAAGGCUCCAGUGAUCAACCCGCCUUCUAAACCCAUCUUCUCCUCAGAUGGAGGAGUGACCAUUAAUGUCCAUGUCGAGGCCGGAGUCAGGCCUGUGGAGUCCCUGCUGAUCGUCGGAGGCGAUCCCCACAAGUAUUUUGAAGUCAUCCCUUCUGGUGUACAGGGCUCUGACUUCCAAGUGAUCUCAACAAAGAAGAUUAACUGGGCUCUCGCUCCUCUGGGGAUGAAUCUGUCCCUCCAGGCUAAAGACUGGAGCGUUCCCAGUUUACUCUCUCCAGUUACAAAACUCUACAUUCCUGCGUAUCAUUACAGCCCACUGGCCUUCAUGGAGGACACCUAUAUUGUUACCCUGAGUGAGUUUUCACCUCCUCAAACGUUCGUGGUUAGAGUUUCCCUCACAUCAAGUGGUCAGAAUGUCACCUUUAGCAUUAAGAACAAUCCAGAUACCUCAAAGUUCAAGAUGAACCCACGGACAGGGAUCAUCGUAACUACAGAGAGGUUUGACUAUGAAACUAAAGAUCGGUAUGAAUUUGAUGUGGUGGCCAAUCAUGGUGAAGCUGAGACUCAUAUUGUAGUUGAGAUCACAGACGAAAAUGACAACAGUCCUCAGUUCACCCGCUCGUCCUUCGAGGCCUCACUGGACGAAAACUCACCAAUUGGAAGCAGCGUUUUGAAAGUUUCGGCUUCAGAUAAAGACAACGGCAAAAAUGGCCUUGUGACCUAUGCCAUUGCAAACUCAGGCCAGUCCCCUUUUACCAUCGACCCCUUCACAGGAGUCAUCUCCACCUCUGAACACUUAGACUACGAGCUGAUGAAGCGCAGGUACCACCUGAGAAUCUGGGCUUUGGACAGUGGUGCCCCCUUCAGUCAGGUCACUGAGUGUCCCGUCACCAUAACGUUGAACAAUAUCAACGAUAACGUGCCUCUGUUUGAGAGGGUGAACUGUAACCUCACUGUGCCCCCUGACCUGAUGGUGGGGCAUGCGGUGGUCCAGCUUUCUGCCAUUGACUUGGAUGAGCUGCAGCAGCUUCAGUACUUCAUCGAGUCCGGGAACGAGAUCCAGGCGUUCGCCAUCAACUCUUCUUCAGGGGCCGUCACCCUCCAGAGGCCGAUCCCCCCAAAUCAGGGUUCAUUCACACUUAGGGUCGUCGCUUCAGAUGGGAAGCAUCGGUCCGAGGCGUCGGUGGUGAGAAUAACGGUCACAAACCGAGGAGACGAGUCAGUGACCCAGUGCAGAGAGACGGGAAUCGUCAAACAGCUGACGGACAAACUCAUCGAGACAAUCAAACCUGAUUUAUUGAGUGUGGAGGAGGACACCUUCUCCGACAUUCAUAUCACCAACCGACAUUCUCCAAAGUUUGACCAGGGCGUUCCCAGCUCCAUCGACCUCUCCGAAGAUCACCCAUUAAACUCCACCAUCAUCCAGGUCAAAGCCACAGACUUAGACUCAGGAUUCAACAGUCAACUCGUCUACACCAUAUCGGGAGGGAACGAGGACAGCUGCUUCUCCAUCCACACCUUCACAGGUGACCUGCAGCUGGUUUGUCCUCUGGACCGGGAGGCGAAGGAGUUCUACAUUUUGAACGUCACUGUGUUCGAUCUGGGGUUCCCUCAAAUGUCUGCGUGGAAACUGGUGGCCGUCAACGUGCUGGACGUUAACGACAGUCCUCCAGUAUUUGAACAGCAGAGAUACGUCAUCCAUGUUUCUGAGAACACGGAACCAGACUCGGUGGUGUUCACAGCCCGGACCGUGGACCCAGACGCCGACCUGAGUGGGAGCGUGGCGUACUCGCUGCUGACCCCCACCGAUGCGUUCAGGCUGGACGAGGUGAGCGGAGAGCUCACCCUGACGGCUCAGCUGGACCGAGAGAACUCGCCCAGACAUGACCUUUGGAUUGAGGCACGAGACCAAGCUAAACUGGGCUCCCAGCUCUUCUCCGUCACCAGCCUGGUGCUGGUGGUUCAGGACGUCAAUGACAACCCACCAAAGUUUCUACCCAAAGUCUACAAGGUCAAAAUCCCAGAGGACGUCCCCGUGGGCACACUGCUGGUCUGGAUGGAGAGCAUGGACCCGGACCUGGGCAGCGGAGGCCUGGUCACCUACAACCUGAAGACCACAAUGGGUGGGACCUUCCAGCUGGACCCCUCCACCGGCGCCCUGACCCUGGAGCGAGAGCUGGACUUUGAGAGGCGGCCGUCGUACAACCUGACGGUGCGAGCGGUGGACCACGGCCUGCCGCGCUCCCUCUCGUCCUCCUGCAUCGUGGAGAUCCAGGUCCUGGACGUCAACGAGAACCUUCACCGGCCCGUGUUCUCUGAGUUUGUGUACGAGGCGGCGGUCAUGGAGGACGCGGCGGUGGGGACGUCCGUGGUCACGCUAACGGCCUCAGACAAGGACCUGGGCAGAGACGGGGUGGUCAGGUACUUCAUCCAGGAUGGGUCCGGACUCGGGGUGUUUGCCAUCGACCAGGAAACAGGUGUGAUCCAGACGAAGGAGAAGCUGGACCGGGAGCUGAAGCCUCAUUACUGGCUCUCCGUCUCUGCCAGUGAUCUGGGGACCGAACCUCUGGUCUCGUGGACUCACGUCUUCCUCGAGGUCUUGGACGUCAACGACAACGCUCCCGAACUCUCGCGCCCGGUGUAUUUCGCCGCCGUGAUGGAGAACGAGGGGAACGUCUCCUCCGUCAUCAAGGUGUCGGCCUCCGACAUGGACUCGUCCUCCGAGGGGAAACUCUCCUUCAGCAUGCUGGAAUCCCAACGGACGUUCUUCAGCGUGGAUCCAAAGACAGGUGUCAUCAGCACUCUCUCUGCUCUGGACCGGGAGGAUAAACCGGAGCACAGCAUCGAGGUCAUCGUGUCCGACAACGGUUCGCCGCCUCUUCGCUCCACCGCCACCGUCGUCGUGCGAGUCCUGGACGCCAACGACAACAAGCCCAAGUUCACCGACAAGCUCUUCCACAUCCGGCUGCCGGAGCAGCGGCGCUCCCGAGGCGUGCUGGAGGUGUUCAGGAUGGUGGCGCGGGACGACGACGAGGGCCCCAACGCCGUGGUGACCUACAAGCUCCACGACAGCGGCGGCGACGAGCGCUUCCACGUGGACCCGGCGAGCGGCGUGGUCACGGCGCACGGCGACUUCUGGCCCGGAAACUACAGCAUCCUGUCGAUCAGAGCUUCGGAUCAGGGCGGCAGGCCGCUCUCCUCCAUGGCUCGCCUGGACAUCGAGUGGAUCGCCCUCCCGCCUCCCUCACCAGAGCCAAUCACCUUCGAGGAGCCUCACUUCCCCUUUGCCGUCAUGGAAACGGAGCCCGUCACUCACAUGGUGGGGAUCAUCACGACGGGGACGUCGCGGCAGAAGUGGUUCGAUAUCAUCGGCGGCGAUGAGGAGAAGGACUUCUACAUCCAUAGGACCUCGGGAACCAUCUCCAUCGCCCGCAAGCUGGACGCCGCCCGACGCUCCAACUACAGCCUGACAGUGCGAGUCAGCGACGGACACCACAACGCCACCACGCAGGCCUACAUCAAAGUGUUGGACAUGAAUGAGCAUCGCCCCGUCUUCCAGAAGCCGCUGUACAAGGUGAGGGUUCCUGAGGACACGGCGCCGUGGAAAGACAUCCUGCAGAUCAGUGCUCAGGACGCCGACGCCAACAGCCGGCUAGUGUACUCCAUUCACAGCAGCCUUCACCCGGACAGCGCCAAGCUCUUCCACCUGGACCCCAAGAGCGGCGUGCUAGUGAUGACCGAGGAGCUGGACUAUGAAACCAUGUCCAAGCACAUGCUCGUCGUCAUGGUGCGUGACCAGGAGAUUCCCGUGAAGAGAAACUUUGCUAAGGUGGAGAUUCAAGUGGAGGACUGUAACGACCACUCGCCCGCCUUUCUCAGCCCCCGUUACGAGGCCAGCAUCUCCAAUCGGGCCCCUGCAGGGUCCCUGGUGCUCCGAGUCACGGCUCUGGACAAGGACACGGGAAGUAAUGCUGACAUUGGCUACUCUCUGCUCUCAGGUAACACCGACAGUGUCUUCUCCAUAGACCCUGAGCUGGGCUCCAUCACUGUCUCUAAACCUCUGGACCUUCAGCCUCAGGAUCAGUUCCACCUGACCGUGAAGGCCACCGACCAGGGUUUCCCUCAGCGCAGCGACCUCUGCUCUGUCCAGAUCCACAUUCACGUCUCCGACCUCACCCCCCCGUCGUUCCCUCCUGAUGAAUACCUAACAGAGGUCAGCGAGUCCAGUGCCCCGGGUUCCCCGGUGGUCACAGUGUCGGCCUCCAGCCCAACUGCACUUCAUUAUGAAAUAGAGGACGGAAACCCGGAUGGCAUAUUUUCAAUCAACCCCACAACCGGACUGAUUUCCACCCUGAAGCACUUGGACUUUGAAGAGCGCGACUCCUACAAGCUGAAAGUCACAGCUUCCACUGCGAGCGGUGCCUCGUCCACGACACUCGUCUACAUCUACGUGACAGACGAGAAUGACAAUGCUCCAGUGUUCCAGCAGAAGGCGUACGUGGGCCGGAUCAGUGAGUCGGCUCCCGUUAACAGUAUGGUGAUGGGUGAGAGGAGUAGUCCUUUAGUCAUUCAGGCCUCAGACGCAGAUCGGGACUCAAACUCUCUGCUGGUGUAUCAGAUCCUCGAGGCAGACGCCCUCAAAGUCUUUAAGAUCGACUCCAGUACAGGAACCAUCUCUCUAAUAUCACCAGUGGACUUUGAAACCAGACCUCGGUAUCACUUCUCAGUGCAGGUGAAGGACUCUGGAGAACCAGCGCUGUUUGCUGCAGAACCGGCUAAAGUCACCGUUCAGAUACUAGACCAGAAUGACUGCUCACCGAAGUUCACCGAGCCCCAGUACGAGCUCUUGGUCCUGCUCCCGGCUGUCAGACAUGCAGAGGUGGGGCAAGUUGUGGCACAUGACGCAGACUCAGCAGUGUUGUACAGCAUUGCUGAGGGAAACCUUCACAACGCCUUCUCCAUUCAUCCGGACACCGGAGUCCUCACCGUCAGCAAUGUGUCUGAAUUCAGCCCAUCCUACCAGCUGGUGGUCAAAGCUUCUGAUGGCCUUUUUAAAGACUCAGCUACAGUCAGAAUAAAUACAACAAACCUAACGACAACCGAUCUCAGGUUUGAGCAGCAGGUGUACUCAACUAGCAUCCAUGAAAAUCUGAGAACAGUGAAAACCUUGUUAGCUCUCAGAGUCAUUGGCAGCUUUUUAAAUGAACCUGUUUUGUAUUCAGUAAUGAACCCAGUGGGCAAGUUUACAAUCUCACAGACUUCAGGCGUUCUUGAAAAUACUGGUAUUCCUUUUGACCGAGAAGAACAGGACGCUUACGAAAUUCUGGUGAAGGCGGAGGACAUGAGGACUCCUCCCAGAACGGCUACAGCCCAAGUCAAAGUUUUCAUCGACGAUGUCAAUGAUAACCCUCCACAGUUUCUGAACUUACCUUUUUCGAUGGUGAUCUCUGAAGACACAGAACCGGGAGAUGUUUUGUACCAGGCAACCGCCAUCGAUCAGGAUAUGGGAGAGAAUGGAUCUGUCAUGUACGCACUGGAGGAUGACUACAACCUCUUCAGGAUCGAUCCUGCUGUGGGUGAUGUGUCUCUUCAAAGACCACUUGAUUUUGAAGCGCUGAAUAAAUACGUGUUGACAGUCAUAGCUGCAGAUGAGGGUGAACCCAGUCUGAGCAACACUGCUCAGCUCAGCAUCCAAGUGAGGAAUCGAACCAACCCGGUUUUUCAGACUCUUCUUUACCCACUGAAAGUCCCUGAAAACGUGCCUCCAUUCACCACAAUCCUUCAUGUCCAGGCUAGGAACCCUGAGGGCUAUCGACUCAUCUACAACCUGGAGGAGGAAAAUGCUUCCAAGCACUUUCAUGUUGAUUUUAAAACAGGCGUAUUGAUUGUCACCAACCCACUGGACUAUGAGACUGAGACAAUGCAUGUGCUAACGGUCCGAGCCAGUGACUCUGUGACUGGAGCAUUCUCAGAGGCAUCUAUUGAAGUUGAAGUUGAGGAUGUGAAUGACAAUGAACCAGUUUUCUCAAAGCCAACGUAUAGCAUGAACAUUGCUGAGGGACUCCCGAUCGGCACUUCUGUAAUUCAAGUUUCUGCUUCUGACAGAGACUCUGGUAGAAACAAAGACUUGACCUUCCAGAUCAUUAAAGCAGAGGAGGAUGAGACAGAUUUCUUUGAUAUUGACCCAAAGACUGGAUGGAUUACAACCAAGCAAGUGCUGGAUUAUGAAAGCAGAAAGCAAUUUAUCUUGAAAGUCAAAGUGGUGGACAAUGGGACCAUACCUCUCAGUAGUGAGGCCUCUGUUUUUCUGAAUGUGAGUGACGUCAAUGACAACCCUCCGGACUUUGUGAGCUCCCAGUAUGAAGCUACUGUUGAUGAAAUGGCAAAAUGUGGUCACAUCGUGAUCAAAAUCCAGGCGUCAGACCCAGACACCACUGACGUGAACAACCUCAAGUACAAAAUUCUGUCAGGGAACGAAGGCCGUUACUUCAACAUCAAUGAAUCCUCUGGGAUCAUUUCCUUCUCCAACGUCUGCAGGAGGAACUUAGACCCCCAGUACAACCUGACUGUGGCUGUGUCUGACGGGGUGUUUCAGAAAACUGCCCCCGUCAGCAUAGACAUGGUUCACAGCAACAGGCACAGUCCCUAUUUCAAACAGAGUGUCUACGAGGCUGAACUGGCCGAGAACGCACAGGCAGGAACUCGUGUGAUCCGACUGGCGGCCAUUGACCCAGAUGACGGGCCGUAUGGUACCGUGGACUACACCAUCAUCAACAAGCUCGCCGAUGACAAGUUUUCUAUCCACAGAGAUGGACAGAUCGUUACCACUCAGCCGCUUGACAGAGAAAACCCCACGCAGAGAGUCAUUGCAAUCAAAGUGAUGGCCAAGGACGGAGGCGGGAGAGUGGCCUUCUGCACAGUGAAGAUCAUCCUUACAGAUCAGAACGACAAUAUGCCUCAGUUCAAAGCCUCAGAGUACCAGGUCUCCAUCCAGUCCACUGUGAACAAAGGCUCACCUGUCAUUCAGAUCAUGGCUUAUGAUGCUGACGAUGGCAAAAACGCAGACGUCACUUACACGGUGGAUGAAGCCGAGGAAGUCAUAGAAGAUGUCAUCGAGAUUAACCCUUUCACCGGAGUGGUCAGUGUCAAAGAGAGUCUGCUCGGCAUGGAGAACAAGAUCUUCAAUUUUAAAGUGAAGGCUCGAGACGGCAGCCUCCCCUUUCAUAACUCCACCGUCCCCGUUCAGCUCAAAGUGGUUCCCCCUGAUGUUCCUCUCCCUAAGUUCUCCGAGCCACUCUACACCUUCUCAGCUGCAGAAGACAUCCCCAUGGGGUCCGAGAUUGGCUCGGUGAGGGCGGACUCGGACAUGCCGCUCAUCUACAGCUUAGUCAACGGAAACACGGUGGAGAGCAACAAAGACAAAGUGUUUAGUCUGGACAAAGAAAGCGGGACUCUGCUACUGCAGAAAACCAUUGACCACGAGAAGACCAAGUGGUACCAGAUAGACGUGAUUGCCCAGGGGAACCACAACGGGACGGACGUGGCCUCACUGGUGUCUGUCAGCAUCCAGGUCCAGGAUGUGAACGACAACCAGCCGAUAUUCGACGCCAGCCCGUACAGGGCUUUCCUGGCUGAAAACCUGCCUGCUGGAACCACGGUGAUCCAGGUAACCGCCAAUGACCCGGACACAGACACCAACGGACUGGUCACCUACAGCCUCCAGUCUCUUCCCGACGACUCCCUGGACAUCAAUGAGGUGUUCACCAUCGAUGGGGAUAGUGGUUGGAUCACCACGGUGAGAGAGACAGACUGCGAGGUGACCAGGCUCUACCGCUUCCACGUGCUCGCCACCGACCACGGCGGCGACGUACGGCUGUCGUCCAGCGUGCUGGUGGAGGUGAUGGUGACGGACGAGAAUGACAAUGCACCCCGAUUUUCGGAGGAGGUGUACCACGGCUCGGUGGAGGAGAACCACAUGCCGUUCCAGCCCAUCCUCACCAUGACAACCACCGACGCCGACGUGUCUCUGGAGAACCGGCUGGUCACAUGUUACAUCACAGACGGAGACCCUCUGGGCCAGUUCGCCAUCGUGCAGAUGGACGAAGGGGAGUGGGGUUUGAUCCUGAAGGAGACUUUGGACCGGGAGCUCAAAGACAGAUACACUCUGAAAGUACGAGCCACCGACGGCAAGUUUGAGGCUCCCAUCACCGUGGACGUCCACGUGUUGGACAUCAACGACAACAGUCCUCAGUGUGAGCAGGUGCUGUACACCGAGACCCUGAUGGAGAACUCGCCUCCCGGCAUGUUCGUCCUGAAGGUGUCGGCGUGGGAUCCGGAUGUAGGCGCCAACGGGCAGAUCUCCUACACGCUGCACGGCCCGCACGCAGAGCGCCUUCACUUGGGGCACUCGGGCGAGCUCUUCACUCUGGCCGUGUUGGACCGUGAGAAGGAGAUGGAGCUCAGCCUGGUGGUGAAGGCGACGGACGGCGGCGGGCGGUCCUGCCAGGCCGACGUGCAGCUGCUCGUCCAGGACAUGAACGACAACCCGCCCCUCUUCUCCUCCAGCCACUACCAGGUCACCGUGUUCGAUAACACCACCGCACGCACGCCGGUCGCUGUCGUCUACGCCAGCGACCCCGACGCGGGUAUAAACUCAGAGGUGAGGUACUCUCUGCUGUCGGGUGACGGCGGCUUCUUCUCUCUGGACGAGUUCUCGGGGAUCCUGCGACUGGAGCAACCUCUGACCUCCGACGGCCCGUCCGCCUUCGAGCUGAAGGUGAAGGCCACCGACCGCGGCCUGCCGCGACAGCUCUACUCCGUCGCCACGGUAACGGUGGACGUCGUCUCCCUGGACGACUACCAGCCGGUCUUCUUGCGCUCGGAGUACACGGCCCAGCUCCCAGAGUCCUCGGCCGUGGGCUCGGAGGUGCUGAGCGUGUCGGCGCUGAGCGGAGACGGCGGCGGCGGCGGGUCGGACCCCAUCACAUACCGCAUCAUGGCCGGGAACGAAGACCGCCGCUUUCGGCUGGACCCUCAGACAGGUCUGCUGACCCUCAUCAGCCCUCUGGACUACGAGGUCUCCCACCACUACUUCCUGUCUGUGGAGGGCAGCCGCGGGAGGACGUCCGUCACCGACGUCACCACGGUGAUGAUCAACGUGACCGACGUCAACGACAACACGCCCACGUUCGGCCGCGGCGACUACAGCGCCCAGAUCCCCGAAGACCUGACGCCCGGCAGCCUGGUGCUGAAGGUAACGGCCACCGAUCAGGACGGCCCGGUGAACAACCUGCUGCGGUACUCCAUCGCGAGCGGAGACCUCCAGCAGCAGUUCUCCAUCCACCCUCGCAGCGGCGAGAUCAGCGUCCGCACCAGCCUGGACAGAGAGGAAGUCCCUCACUACUCUCUGACGGUGCAGGCGGCCGACGAAGGCGACCCCCCUCUGUCCUCUGCGGUCCUCGUCACCAUCACCGUCGCCGACGUCAACGACAACCCGCCCAUCUUCUCCCAGGUGGACCACAGCCUGCUGCUGCAGGAGGGCGAGGCGGUGGGCAGCGGCGUGCUGCAGCUGGUGGUGACGGACAGGGACACGCCCGCCAACGGCCCGCCCUUCUCCUUCUUCAUCGUCAGCGGCAACGAGGACCGCCGCUUCCACGUGGAUCAGGGAGGUCUGCUCUCUCUGUCUGCGCCUCUCCGGAGGAAGGUCAGGCCGCAGCAUCGGCUCAAGAUACAGGUGACGGACAGCGGACACCCUCCCCUCUCCUCCAUCUGUGUGGUGAGCAUCAACGUCACCGAGCAGAGCCGCUACCCGCCGUCUGUGGUGCCCCUGGAAGUCUUCAUCACCACCUCCGGGGGGCUGUUUUCCCACCGGGUGGUGGGCCGGCUGCACGCCUCAGACCAGGACCUGCACGACGUGCUGAGCUACCAGCUGCUGUCGGAGAGCCCCGCGGGGAGGAGGUUCUCCGUCGACCCGGCGGACGGGAGGAUCUGGGCCAACGACAACCUGCAGGAGGGCUUCUACUCGCUCAACGUCAGCGUGAGCGACGGCAAGUUCAGCGUGUCUACGGGGGUCAGGGUUCACGUGUGGGCGGCCGAGCAGCGGGUGCUGGACUCGGGGCUGACGCUGCAGCUGGCCGGCCUGUCCGCGGAGGAGUUCCUGGGCGAUCACUGGAGGGGCCUGCAGCGCAGCCUGGGUCAGGCUCUGGGGGUCCCGCGCCAGGAGCUGCACCUGGCCGGGCUGCAGCAGCACCCCGACACCUCCGCCCUGGACGCCCUGCUGGUGUGGAGACCUGGGAGUGGAGCCAUCCAAUCACUGCCCACUCAGCGGAUUGCAGGCGUCAUAUCAGAUCUGGAGGACUCUCUAGGCCUCAGUAUCCUCAGGGUGAACCACAACGGCUGCCUGGGGAGCGGCUGUCCUCCACGCAGAUGCAGGAACGCCGUGCGACUGUCGGGAGACAGUCUGAAUCAUUUCACCACAGCCAGAGCGGGUUACAUCACACCGCUGCACACCUGGGAGAGCGUCUGCCCCUGUAAUGAGUCGGCCAUCAGGUUGGAGGCCUCAUCGUACCUCAGGUAUCUUCACGGGAUGGAUGAGGACACCCAGAGCUUCAACCUCUCCCUGAGCUUCAAGACCUUCCAGCAGAACGGCCUCAUCGUGUCCACCAACAGCAGCAAAGACUGGGGAGCCUUACAGCUGACCAAUGGAGCGCUGAGCUUCUCCUUCACCUGCGGGGGCGGAGCCCCGGGCUCGCUGCUCGUCCCCUCCGCCCACCUGUCGGACGGCCGCUGGCACCGCGUCCUGCUGGAGGUCGGUGCCUCGUCACUCCGGCUGACGGCGGACGGCCUGCCUGCCGCCGCCGCCGCCCUCGCCGUGCCCUGCCGCAUGCUGCGCUCCCAUGGUGCUCUGCUGUUCGCCUCCCCCGACUCCGCCCACCAUCCACACGGGUUCACCGGCUGUCUGGAGCACCUGGAGCUCAAUGGGAGGCCAAUCGCCGUGGGAGACAGCUCAGAGUGGGCGGGGCCAGGAAGCAGGAGGGUGUUCGGGGUGUACCAGUGCUGCGGAGGGGGCGGAGCCUGUGACAGCGCCCCCUGUCUGAAUGGAGGGACCUGCGAGGAGGAUGCAGCCGGAGUGCCGCACUGCAGCUGUGUGGGACUCCAUCACGGCGCCCGCUGCGAACUCACCGACAACCCCUGCGCCUCCCAGCCCUGCCCUGACCACAGGGUGUGUGUCCCCAAAGCCCAGGGCUACCAGUGCAACUGCACCGAGGACCGGGCUGACGCAAGCUGCCACAAUGAGAUCGAGCCGUGUUCCCCCGGCACGUGCCCCGCGGGGUUCAACUGUCGCGCCGCUGACGGCUCCAUCCACUGCGACCCGCUGCCUCAGGUGUCUCAGACUUUCGGCCACGUGGAGGUGAUGGAGAUCGGCGCCGGCGUGCUCGGCCUGCUCUUCCUGGUUGGAAUGUUUGUUUGCGUGAGGAAACGAUAUGUCCAGCAGAAGAAGAAGAAGCCCAUCUGCGUCCAGGACUCCAACGGGUAUUUCCCUCCCAGCCUGACGAAGAGCAUGAAGGACGGCUCUCUGGAGGGAAGCCCCAUCGAGAUGAGCUCCCUGGCGGGCGUCAACGACCUGGACCACACCCCCUUCCGGUCGCUGCGGCCCCGGAGCUACGUGGGCUCCCCGGGGGGCCGCAGCCCCAAGACGCAGGGGCCCGUGGUGUGCAGCGUGGCCCCCAACCUCCCCGCCAGGCCGCCGUCCAGCUCAGACAACGACUCCAUCAGGAAGGGCCACUGGGACAGGGAGUACGAAGUCUACCCCGCCGAUCCAGAUUACUACGGCCGCCCCAGCGCGCAGGAGUUCCCUCAGUUCGACAUCGUGGAGGACACCUACUCCACCGCCACCGUGGACUCCAGGAGGAGCUCCCGCUUCGGCGGCUUCCCCUUCCCGCUGGAGCGCUGCGACCGCCGCGCGCCGCUGCCGCCCUGCUACAGCAACCAGAACCUGGACGACUUCCUGGGCCCGGACGGGCUGCCCCUCCCCCGCUCGCAGUGCCCCAACGAGUACACGGCCAUCAGCUACUACCCCAGCCAGCACGCCCGCAGCCUGGACAACGUGUCGGCCGGCUACAAGCGCCUCAGCAUGCGCCUGAGCGUCGCCAUGCCGUCCUACGCCGAGCAGGCGGAGCCGCGCCCGCCGCCGUCCGGCAACGUGGCGCAGCCGCAGACCCGCCCCGCCGGGCCCAACGCCCGCGGCUACGACGGCUCCAGCAUGGUGGAGAGCGACUACGGCAGCUGCGAGGAGGUCAUGUUCUGAACCGGGAGACCCGCCUCCUCCACGGCGCUCGCCGUUACGUCUUAAUGGACCAAUCGGACGCCGUCUGUCUGGACGGGCGACGCCCACCUGACGGAAAGAUGGCUUCACCUGAAGGUAUUAGAGUGACACGGAUGGGUGGAGACGGAGUCGGACACUCACUGAUACACAUAUUCACACUUCCAGGCCUCAUCAGGACUGAUGCGAUGCGUUCAGGGACUGAAGGGAACCCGUGUUUCACUCAGUUUCAGACGACGCUCCUCCGAUCUUUACGUCCAGUUUUCAGUCCGAUUUCACUCCACUUGUUUUGCACUUGAUUCUUUCUCUUUGUGGACAUUUCAGAACUGAUUUUUUUUUUUUUAAAUUACUUUUGCACUAAUUUCAAAGUCAUUUUAUCGCUUCACACCACUUUUGACUAGUUUCAGAGUGGAGUUGUUCUUUUUUUCACAGACUUUAGACCUGUUUGAGCCCUAUUUUGUUUGGACUUUUUACGUCAGUCAGACCGUCUUUGACCUGUUUGGGACUGGUUUUAAUUCAUCCACAGCAAACAGGUUUAACAAGCUGCAGCUCUUUCAUCAGAAAAACAGGACUGUU